GCCGAGAACUUCGCCAAUUUUGUAGCAACUCAAUCCGGAAAAGUCGGCAAGACAUAUGAUAUAAAAGAUCUACUUUGCAGAUACGCCAACGACACGGUGGCCACGUGCGCCUUUGGUAUCGACGUGGAUUCUUUUAAGAAUCCGAAUAACGAAUUUUUUGUGCUUGCCAGAAAGGCACUGAUUUUUGAUGGCAUCGUAGCCCUCAAAUUUGUAAUAAACAGAAACUUUCCGCUACUUGCUAAUCUUUUCAAACUGAGAAUGUUUGGUCCAAAGGUAGAAAAUUUUUUCAAAGACGUCGUUUCGAGCACGGUCAAAGUCAGGGAUGAACAGGGAAUUAUUCGCCCGGACAUGAUUCAGUUGAUGAUGGAAACCAGGAACAAAGAUAAUGGACCUGAGUUCAACAUCGACGAGAUGACCGCCCAGGCAUUCGUUUUCUUUUUCGCUGGAUUCGAAUCUGUUUCAACAGCUAUGUGUUUCAUGACGCAUCACGUCGGUGUCGAUCCCGAUAUUCAGAGCAAAUUGAGAGAAGAAAUUGACGAUGUUCUUAGACAAACUAACGGCAAACCUACCUACGAAGCCAUCAAUUGUAUGAAAUAUUUGGAUGCCGUGGUAAACGAGUCUCUCAGACUAUAUCCACCAGUACCCUUCCUGGACAGAAUAUGCGUUAAAGAGACAAAAUUACCACCAGCGACUCCAGAUGGAGAACUGGUCACGAUAAAGCCUGGAGAUAGUAUAUUGUUCCCGGCUUUCCCUCUGCAUCGUGAUGCAAAGUACUAUCCACAUCCAGAGAAAUUCAAUCCAGACAGAUUCUUUAAUAGCAAUGUGGACAACUCGGUCUAUAUGCCAUUUGGUAUUGGGCCCAGAAUCUGCAUAGGUAAUCGGUUCGCCCUAAUGAAAUCAAAAAUCAUGCUGUUUUAUUUGCUUUGGCGCUGUGAUGUCGAACCCGACGUUAAAACUAGAAUUCCUAUGGUACUGCAGAAAUCAUUCGCCAUGUUGCCGGACGGAGGUUUCUGGUUAAAGUUGCGAGCGAGGAAAUCAAAGGCUCCUGUUACAUAACAUUUAUCGAAUGGACAAAGUUGAAGGACAGUAAUAAAGCAUAUUUAAAAUUCUUUUUAAGCAUGACAUAAAAUACACAAUAAUUUUAGUAUUGCUAACAUAAAUUUCUUUCUAGUUAUCUUUGUUUACAUAUAAACCAGAUGAGUUCUAUUAGUAAUAAUACAUAUUGCAUUAUUCUUGUAUUCUUGUAGUUUUAAAAAACAUUCAUUGAUAUUGAAUAUUUUUAAAGCUCUUUAGAAGAAUCUCUAUAAAGAAAUUAAAAU